CGAGAGGAGGAUGCUGUUAGGAGGAAAAUCGGCGCUGGGAUCUGGCUACAUGCUCGGCUUAUUUGGAUGUUGAGGAAACAUGGCGACCGGCGAAAGGAAGGAGAGGGAGCAGCAACCACUUUGGGAUUAACGCAUCGUUUGAGACAUAUGGAUAUACACGGAGUGCCCCGUACCGACUUAAUUCACACAUUGGAGGUUAUCUUCAACGCUCACACCGACGCAUUUUGCCGCAAACGCUGCUUACUGGUGAGUAGAUGGCGGGUACACCAAAGACGCUCUCCUCUCUGGAAGUGGCUAGUUAGCAAAUGUGUGCUAGCUGCUUUAGCAUGCGAGUUAGCAUGGGCUGGAAUGUGCAUCUCGGCUGAACUACAGUCCGCACCGUUAUCGCUGGUGUUAGCAUGACAGUGGCAACCUCGGGAAAAAUACAACGAACCCGCGGUAACUGUGGAAACACCAGCUGCCAUCUUUAUUUGCAGUAAAGUUAUUGAAGGCCGUACAUUUGAAGGAACGUCACCCGUUUAGCUUGACAGUUGAGGUUCAGAUAAGCCGACGCUAGUGAUCAGCUGGUCGCUAGCUGCAUGUUGUGGGCUAGCGUAGCUGCAAACUGAGGGGAUUGCUGGUUGGUUGUGUUUUCACUCACUGACGGUGGAGCUGAGUCCUAAAGCAGGACUUUAACAGAUCGCAGCCAUUGGAAAACACACAGGACCGCUGGUAAUUAAAACGUUCGGGGUACGUGUGCAGUAUGUCGCUUUGGAUAAACGCAUUAUUUUUUUAUUAGAGGUGGCUAAAUCGGGUUGCAGUGAGUGUUUCAUAGUAGCUGGUCUUUAAGGGGCAAAUUCGCAAUGACUGGCAAAGCUAUAGCGGUCACAUCGUCCUCAUUUUACGGUCUGCUCUGCGCCUGAUGUGCAGCAGUCACCUGUGUGUGCGCAUUGUCCCUGAGUGUAUGGCUAUCUGCCCGGAUGCCUGCACACAAGCUAACCACCUCCCAGCAGGAUGGGGCAGAAAACUUGUUUCAUGCUGGGGCACUGUGAAAGGUGCGGUAUGACAUGUACACAAAUACACACGAUACAAUUAAAAGCUACAUAACAUUUCUGCUUGUGACUUGUAAAGGUGGGGGGUGGGGGGCUGAACUGUCAUCCAGCAGCCACUAGAAAUAGCAGUGAAUAUGUAGAGGUCUGUUAUUGCAGUGAACUGGUAAGUGAGCAUCAUUGGAGUCUAAUCUAAUCUUAAAAACCUGAUUAGUUGAGGUGGCUGUUGAUGGCUGUGCUAAACUCAAUUUCUGAAUUGAGUUUAUAUCUACAUAGAGAGCUGUGUGUGAAUAAAUAACAGUCUCUGUGUUCUAGCAUUGGAAGCAGGAAGCCCUGAGUGUAUGUCGGUGUUUGUCAUGUACUGUAUGGUGAGUGUUUUUUCCUCAUAAAAGUUAAGUUACCAAGCAAGCAAACUGGCUGUAAUUCAGAAAUAAUACUAGGAUAAUUAGUCUAAAAAGUAGGCUUGGAGGGGUUUGGAAAAAUUACUUCAUUGGCUUUUGGAUCUUGUGUUGACUAUUUUUUGUGAGUAUUUGCUGUGUGCCAGAAUAGGCAGCAGGGUUUGUCCUGCAUAAAAACAUUUAGUGCCCCCAACCCCCAAAAGAGGUUUUGGUGUUCACCAACAGGAAACUCACCAGGGCUGCAGUGAAAUAGUUUAUAACCAAUUUGUUUACGUGUGAUUUUAAUUUAGUUAACAGUAAAAUCACUUUUGUUUAACAAAUGGUCCGAAAUAAAAGGAAAAUGAAUGGACCUCUGAUAACACUGACUGGUUAUUUUAAACUAUAUGUGGACCUCUUGUGCAUAGUCACCCCUAAAAGACCUUUUUUUGAGCCAAGAAAAACACUAAAAGCACUGCCAUGCCUUUCAGUGGAGGGAGAAAAGGAUACCCAAACAUGGGGAGAACUCGCACUCUCCACACAGAAAGGUCCUACCUAUGUUUGAAUUUAGAUCUUUCAUGCUGUGAGGCAACCACUGAGCUACUGUGCUGACAGUUGAUCAGUUAGUCCUUAAAAGUCCUUUACAGACACGUUCUUAAGCCUUACCCGGCAGCUUUUAUCACUGCAGUGCAGCUUUCUUUAUCGGACUGCUCUGCAUAAACACUGCAUCACAUUGAAUAAUUUGAAAACUCGAGGCACAGAAACCCGAUUGCUGCUAACUACCAGUAACCGAAUUAUUCCUUAACUUUGUUCUGUCCAUGUGCAAACCCAAACAGUUAGCUAAAGCUCUCCCCCAAGUCACCUGAGAAUUAUUUCUUCUUUAUUAUUGUUUGGAAAACUUCUUGGACUUUAGUGCUGUCCAUGUGAGGUAAUUGUACUGCCUUUUCCACAUAUAAUACCAUUAGUGACACUCAUAUAGUUUAUUUCAUCUGUAAGGAGUAACCCUGUUACUUUUUUUAGCUACAAAAAAGCAAAUGGGUUACACUUCUGGGCAGCAAUACUGUCACAUGCAAAUUUCUAUGCUGUAAAAUACAGCAGCGUUGGCAAGAAGGCUUAGUGGUGUUCUGCCUCCAGUUAGUUAGACCCGGUCUACCAAGCGUUUGUCAAGUUCCCCUUUUGUUGUGAUUUACUGAGGUGACUCAAGACCUGCCAGCAUUUGGUGGUGCAGUCUUGACUGUGUAGCCUCCGGGUCUUCCUUUCUUCUGUUUUUCUCUCACGGUGAUUCAGGGCUAACAGGCACUGAAACUUUGAACCUUUUAUCAUUGGUUAUCCAGAGUUUACUCCCCGGGGCUACAACAGGGCUUACUUUGACCUAAAUACAAUUAGGAAAAAAUGAACCCUGUUGGAAUUAUAAGGAUUUCUACAUUGAUUAUUCAUAAAGUGUGUUCUGAUUUUCAUCUAAGCCAUAAUUAUACAAACAGGGAGACAGCUGUUCUUUUCAUGCAUUUAUUAAACCCAACAGCAUACAUUUGUCCUCGCUCUGCAGCUGUAGAUUGUUGUUGUUUUGCUAUUUUGGGGGGUAAGGGAGAUUAAGUGGUUAAUCCUGUAAGUAUUUGAUUGUUUGGACAGUGCCUUAUGUCUCCCGAAUGUCAGCAUAAAUGCUGGCCUAAAUGAAUUUGUUUACUCAUUUCCUCUCUGCUUUGCUUGCUUUUAUAACGGUCAGCUAUUAAGAAUCAUUCCCAAGGAUCUGCAAUAGAUUAACAGUAGUUUUCCAGUGUGAUGACAGUUUGCUUUGUUAUGGCCAUCAUCCACACUCUGAUAACAAAUGGAGAUUUUGCUUCAGCUAGCUAUUUGUAGUGUAGGAAUCCUACUUGGUUUUCCAAAGCUAUUCUUGCAUUAUAUAUGCGUUAUCAGCCCCAAUACAGUUUUUACAACUUUUAUGUCAGGGUUUUAGGUAAGUAACAGUUAUAUAUUUGGUUAACACCAAGUUAUAGUUAACUAAAAUUAAAACACAACAGAGUAUGAAAGAAAGAGUCUAGUGAACUAACUGUAUAUGUUCUUGUGGUGACCUUUGAGAAUAAGGGAGCAGCCAAAGUGGCUUCUAUGUUCAAAUUUGUGAGUACAACCAGCACAAAGAAGUACUACUACAAAGUAUUGUUGUCUUUUACAGUUCUGAACAUCAUAAUUACUGCAUUACAAUCUACCAUUAUACAAACAAAAACUGACCCUUAAAAAUAAUUAAAUCUUAACUAAAAGCAGGCAUUUUGUUUCUCAGCAUGGGCAUUUGGGCGAUGACUGUGCACAUAAAUACACGUGUCUGCAUAUAUUUAAGACCUUUAAGAGUCAUUUUUCCUGGUAUUUCUGUCCGUGUGAUGGGCAAAGUUUACUUUAUUCUUGAGUAAAUUGAAACCUCGGUAGAGAAGGUGGUGAAAAAUCCUUUCUUUCUUUUGGAGGAAUGUCAAAGGCUCUUUGGUGGAUGCAGGACAAACCCUGUAAAACUAAACAUAAAGUAAACUGAAACAAGCAAACCCACUCUGGAGGAUAACUGAAACUAUAGCAUUUUUGAGUGUUACACCAAAGGUUCAGAUUAAACCUAAGCAAAGAUCCUAGACUAACAAAUUGAAUAUCACCAUUAGAGAUUUUAUUUUUACCUGCUAUCUGCUUUUGUGUGGUGGGAUGGGAGCUGUGGGGUGUAUCCUGUACUUUGUGAGGCUCUUAUUAUUGAUUAAGUGUAGCCGGGCAGCUGCAUUAAAGUCUUGUGGAUGAUGCAGCUCAAGGCCAAUGCUGAUUUUCCUUUCAGUGCACCGACUGAGCUUUCUCAGGCCAUUCAAAUGCAUCACACACAAAACAAUAUGGCCUGAGUUGCUGGUGUGUUAGGCUUGUCGGUAUAAGCCCACGUCAAACAACAGACUUAAGUCGCAGCUUACUAGUUGUCAUCUUUCAUGAGAAGACGCAGCACGCACUAAUAAAGCACAAGAGGAUCAAUCUUAAUUAGCACUCGAGGGAAGGGCCUGCACAUCCUAUUAGUGACACUACACAUGUGCUGUGCACAUAUAGUUUGUGUCUAUGUUUUGUCUCGCACCAUUGGAUUACAUCAAGUUGAUGACAUGAUAAAACAGAACACUGCAGAUUUUUAAAAUGUUUAAGGGUUUAUUCACCUGAAACUUUGAAUUCAGGUGUUAACUUUUCAGUCCCAUUGUCAUAGGUGUAAUAUUAUAGGGAGUUUAUUAUUGUAGGGUCUUAACCUGAGAAUAUAAAGUGCCUCAAGCCAGUCGUUGUUGUUAUUUGAUGUUAAAUAAAUAAAACUGAAUUUCACUGCAUUGAAUUGAAUUAAAAUUUAGGUCCUUACCAUGCACUCUGCUUUUAUAAACAUUUGUGAAAGAAUGAGUCAUUCUAAAGCGCUCACUGAAUUUGAAAGGUGGCUCUGUAAAAAGAUGCCACAACGAGACAGUUUGUGAAGGUUCUCAUCUCGUUUUAAUUCCACAGCCAACUGUAAGUGGUGGUAGGUGGCCCAGUGCUUAAGUUCAUAGAAUCUAUUUUCAGUCAGUCAGAUAAACCACAAUCACCUCACUUACUAGUCUACACAGCUGUUAAUCCACAGCUGAAAAUGUGCCCCUAAUAAAAGAACUAUUUACUUCUGUUUGAGUAGUGUUGAGGGAAAAAAAGGCCAGCUGUUUUAUAAAUCGGUGAACCUUUUAUUAAAGUAGAACUAUAAAAGUGUACUUCCUCAAAAAUGGGCUGAGGGCUACAGAAAAUCAGAGUGUAUAAAGAGACGGUCUUACUUUUCAUUGAGCAUUAUGAACAUUACCGUAGCUUAUGAAUUGAUAAAUAAGUGUUUCAACUCUUUCGUAAAUCAUAAAAAAAGUAACCACCUCUAUUAUUGGUAAAUGCCAUGUAACCAUAGCUUGUAUGGAAAAUAGAUGCACCCACUGUGACCUCACCCACUGGUUUUGGACUUCUGCCAUAGUGACAGCAGCCAGUAUUGUGUUUUUGUUUUGUGUUUUUUCAGCUGUAGGUGACCAUAUUUGGAUACGAGGGUGCAGUACAAGUUAUUGGCUAAUCAGUGAACCAGUACUGAUGCAGAUAUUCAGCCAGUAUGUCAGGACAUCCUAACUUCAGUACUUGAAGGUGUUUUUGUAGUAUUUUUAGUUUUAUCCCUACACAUAUUAUAUGAAGUAAGUGGUUAUUUUUUAUGACCUGAAGCUGCUUAUGUCAGCCACAGAGUUGGAUAUUGAUGAUAUAUGAGAUUGGAGUAAUGCCUUAUAUACAGUCUGCUGUUUUAUUGGACGACUGAAGGAGAGAGAUUUCCACAGGUCUUUUUAUCACCACAGUUUAAUUGGCUGUAAUUUUCAUGGCCCACACUCUGUCUGUAACUGCAUGGCAGUAACAGUUUGGACUCAAGAUGAGCUUAAAUGUUGGUGCUGUUGUAUGUGAUUCAUGAUUAUUAGUGGUGCUCAUUGAAGCUAUAAUAAAAUGUUGGAUUAUAUUCUCACUUUUGAUUCAUACGAAAACGAUAAUCUCACCGCAACUGCAGAGUGAUUGGAGUUGGUGCAGAUCUCUUAAGGUUUUUAACACAACAGGUCGCACAGUUAAGCUACUGCUAGCAUACAUUUCUUUUUUCUUUCAUUUAACCUUGGAAGUGUGAUAUUGUACAGCAGGUUUCGUUCAGCGAGGUGGAUCUGUGAUCCGUUUCCCCUGCUAGACUCGUUUCAGUAUGAUCCCGUCCUUCACAUUUCACCAUCUUCUUAGUGAAGCGUUAAUGUCUCUAGCUGUCAGCAUGCUCCAUUACAGUCUCUUGUAGAGGUUUCUGAACUUUUCAAGGCCAAUUUUCAGGUCAGGAAAUUCCCAUAAUCACUGCACCUAAACAGCUGUGAUGUGAAUCUCAGUGUGACAUACUAAUUCUGCAGGACUGAAACUAAUGGAAAUUUUCACUGUCAAUUAAUUUGACAUUUAUCUCCUCAUGUGGUCUAUUAAGCCACAGGACAUUGUGAAAAAUGUUUCAAUUGAUAAUUUGGAGUUUUAAAAAAAGCUAUUUUUUUCUUAACCCAAAGAUAUUCAAUUUACAAUUUCAAAAAAGGAAAGGAAGAAAAUUCUCAUGUUUAAGAAGCUUGAGUCAUAAAAAAUGUGGUAUUUUAUUUUGAUAAUAGAUUUAAGGGAAUUAUUAACCACCAAGCAUGUUCCUGGAGACUAAUUUACUGGUCCUUUAAGUUGGAGGAAAAAAAUCACAUUACUCAACUAGUAUAGUUCAUUGCUCAUAUAUUUAAAAGUCAUUCUUCAGUAAAUGUUGCUGAAAUACUUGACAGCUUGCACCAUACACAACAUUGCAUGCACACAAUGUCAGCAAAGGAUGUAUUUUAAUUUUUUUAAAUAGAUAUCCUGCCCAGUGCAACAGUUCGUCAGCAUAAUCGAUGAGGUCGACUAUAAAAAUUCGUUGCCGCAUAAUUAAACUACAGGACACUAUGGGGCAGUCUCGCCUGUAUUGUUUGCCAAGACUGCACUCAGUGCUAAGAAGAAGAACGCAGCAUGAACGGCAAAACAGCGGGACGAUAAAAAAUGGAAAUGGAGAAUUGAAAAGAUGCCUUUUUGAUUUCAUUUAAAGCUUUAUUUGAAUGGACAGAAGCGAUUUUAGUUUCCUAUUUGCACAUUCAUUUUAAACUCCUACCAGCACUUGUAACUUGUAUUACCUGCAAUCUUUAUUUAUUUCAUUUUUAUUCUGAUUGUAAUAUUGAGUAAUGCUAAAAAUACAUUUGAUUAUUAUUAUUUGAUUCACAUGUUUCUUGGGUCAUUACUUUUAUUUGCUGUGGGACGAUGUAAACAGGGUGAUAUUCCCAGUUGGGCAGACUUGAGCAGGAGGUUUGCACAUAGGAAUCAGAGAUAAGAGUUAUUGAAAUAAUUGUUGACUAAUCAAAGAAAAAUUGUCUAAUUAGUUGACUAUAAGAAUAAUCUUUAGUUAUAACUAAUAGCUAAUAUUGAAGCACAAAGCUGGACUGAAAGACAGCACAGAGGCACGUAUCAUGGCAGCACAGGAACAAGCUCCAAACACAAGAUCAAUUGAGGCUGGGGUCUGCCACACCAGGCCAGGUGCGAAGAUGCCCCUGAGACAAUCCAGCAGUGAUAGAUGUAGCUAUACCAAGUGAUAGCAACAUCAGGAAGAAGGAACACAAGAAGCUUGAGAAAUACCAAGCCCUGGGAGAGGAGCUAUAGAAGAUAUGUAGAGUGGAGGCAGUGGUCUCAGUCGUAAUCGGAGAACUAGGAAUGCCAAAGAUACUGUGCAGGGCCCUCAAUAACAACAAUGCUGUUGGCUAACAUGUUUGAUGUUUUAUUGUUGGGUGGCUCUUUGGGGUCAAAAAUGGGAUAACCAACAUCUUUAUCAUUACAUUAUUCCUGCAUAGAUUUAUGUUCAGGGAACUUAGACUGCCCAGUCUCCUUACAGUGUGUAUGUGCUGACUAGUGAGGAAAGCAUUGUUUAAACAUCUAGUCACACACAUUCCUAUUAACCACUAAAUUAUUAAAAUAGCAGUCUGUUUUUAAUAAUUUUAGCCCUUUUCUGUUUUUAAGAACAUUAUCGGGUAUUAAUAUUUCAGUUGCCUACUACAAACCCUUUGGUGUGACAUGUGUAGAUUAAUUGAGAUGCUUUUUUCAUUCCCUGUUCUUGUCCCCGAAAGCACACCACAUAAUAAUGCAAAGUUAAUGUGAGCUGUCGGAGCUUGGAUGUACAGGAUGGCGACCGAAAUGGCCAGAAAAUGAAUUUUUAAUGAUGCUCACUGCUGUGAGUUCUGCCUCCCACUCCUCCUCCCCGUUUCUUGUGGUAAUGGUAUGUUCCUGUCGUCGUUGAGGCCAAAGCCCGCCCUCCUUUCCUCCCCUCCUCUUUCUCCAAAGCCCUGUACACCCCACCCGGUGUCAGGGGGGGAUCAGCUGUGCCAGUCCCGGCAGACCACACACACACACAUACAUACAUACACACACAGUGCUGACUGGCGAACAAAGCCACUGGUACUGCCAAUAAAGGCGAGCCAUGCCUCCGCGCUUCUCCUCUCCUCUCCUUACGCUGCUGUGAGGGGAAGGCAUGACACCAUUGCCAUCGCCUCUCUGUUUCAGGAAGACACUGUUGUUGGGAGGAAGAGCGGCUGGUCUUUGGCUCAUGGUGGAAUAUUCUUGUCUCUUCUUCUGUUGAUGAGUUGAGAUGCUGGCGGAGCGCAGAGAGAAUAGCAGGGCUGCCUUUGCCCUGACAAAGCCGCUCAAGAUGAACAUGGUGAAAAGGAUCAUGGGGCGGCCGAGGCAGGAGGAGUGCAGCCCCCAGGACAACGCGCUGGGCCUCAUGCACCUGCGACGCCUCUUCUCCGAGCUGUGCCACCCUCCUCGCCACAUGACCCAGAAGGAGCAGGAGGAGAAGCUCUACAUGAUGCUUCCUGUAUUUAACAGGGUGUUUGGGAACGCACCUCCCAGCAGCAUGAUGGAGAAAUUCUCCGACCUGCUGCAGUUCACCACCCAGGUGUCCCGACUCAUGGUGACUGAGAUCAGACGAAGAGCCUCCAAUAAAUCCACAGAGGCAGCCAGUCGAGCCAUAGUCCAGUUCCUGGAGGUGAAUCAGAGUGAGGAGGCGAGCCGCGGCUGGAUGCUUCUAACCACCAUCAACCUGUUAGCUUCCUCCGGACAGAAAACUGUGGACUGCAUGACGACCAUGUCUGUGCCCUCCACGCUCGUCAAAUGCCUCUACUUGUUCUUUGACCUGCCCCACAUGGCCGAGGCACCCGUAGGCCCCACGUCACAACCGCCACAACCACUACCACCACCACCACCUAGCCAAGAGAAGACGCCAGGGCAAGGGCACACCCAACCCGAGCUGCCCCUGGCUGACCGUAGGGCGCUCCUCCAGAAAGUCUUUGUCCAGAUCCUGGUGAAGCUCUGCACAUUUGUGUCUCCAGCGGAGGAGCUGGCCCAGAAGGAUGACCUGCAGUUACUGUUUAGUGCCAUCACCUCCUGGUGUCCUCCUCACAACCUGCCCUGGAGGAGGAGUGCUGGCGAGGUGCUCACCACCAUCUCCCGACACGGCCUCAGCGUCAACGUGGUCAAAUACAUCCACGAGAAGGAAUGCUUGGCUACAUGUGUUCAAAACAUGCAGCAGUCAGACGAUCUCUCCCCUCUGGAGAUCGUUGAGAUGUUUGCCGGCCUCUCCUGCUUCCUCAAAGACUCCAGCGACGUGUCGCAGACCCUGCUGGACGAUUUCCGAAUGUGCCAGGGUUACACCUUCCUCUGCGACCUCAUGCUCAGACUGGAACAGGCCAAGGAGGACGAAUCAAAAGAUGCUUUGAAGGACCUGGUCAACCUGGUCACCUGUCUGUGCACGUAUGGGGUGACGGAGUUGAAGCCUGCUGGCUUGACAACCGGCGCCCCCUUCCUGUUGCCUGGAUUUGUUCUCCCGCAACCUUCUGGGAAAGGCCAUACAGUGCGUAAUAUUCAGGCCUUUGCGGUGCUCCAAAACGCCUUUCUACGGGCCAAAACAAGCCGCCUGGCGUGCAUGCUCCUGGACGCCAUCGGAAACAUCUACGCAGCCGAGCCGGCCAACUAUUUCAUCCUAGAGUCGCAGCACACGCUGUCUCAGUUUGCAGAACGUGUGGCCAAGCUCCCCGAGGCUCAGACCAAGUACUUUGAGCUGCUGGAAUUUGUAGUGUUCAGCCUCAACUAUGUGCCGUGUAAGGAACUCUUCAGCGUUAGCGUGCUCCUCAAGUCGAGCACUUCGCACGCCUGCAGCAUCACCGCCGUACGGACGCUGCUGAAGCUGGCCAGGCACGACCCGGUGUUCAGCGACGUGCUGCGGGAGGUCGGACUGCUGGAGGUGCUGGUCAACCUGCUGCACAAGUACGCGGCAUUGCUCAAAGAACCGCCCCCACAACAGCAACCACACAGUAACGACCAAGCUGACUGCAAAAACAACACCGUGGCUGAGGAGCAGAAGCAGUUGGCCUGGCUGGUGAUGGAGACGCUGACUGUGCUCCUGCAGGGCUCCAACACCACCAACACUAACGCAGCUCUGUUCAGAGAGUUCGGUGGCGCGCGUUGCGUUCACAACAUCGUGAAGUACCGCCAGUGUCGCGAACACGCUUUGCUCAUCAUCCAGCAGCUUGUCCUGUCGCCCAGCGGCGACGAUGACAUGGGGACGUUGCUGGGCCUCAUGCACUCUGCACCGCCCAGUGAGCUGCAGCUGAAGACAGACAUACUGAGGGCUUUGUUAUCCGUGCUGCGAGAGAGUCACCGCACUCGGACGGUCUUCCGCAAGGUGGGCGGCUUCGUCUACGUCACCUCGCUUCUGGUGGCUAUGGAGCGCUCGCUGUGUCAGCCGCUGCGACACGGCUGGGAGCGCGUGAACCAGAACCAGGUUUUUGAGCUCCUGCACACAGUCUUCUGCACGCUCACCGCCGCCAUGCGCUACGAGCCAGCCAACUCGCACUUCUUCCGUACGGAGAUCCAGUACGAGAAGCUGGCCGACGCGGUCAGGCUGCUGGGCUGUUUCUCAGACACUAAGAAGCUGGGCCCCACAAGUGUGUUCCCCUCCAACGCUCAGCCUUUCCAGAGGCUCCUGGAGGACGAGGCUGUCCCUGGAGGCUGUGCAGGAGACAGCGUCUGCCCUACGCUCAAGCACUGCAGCAAGCUCUUCAUCUAUCUGUACAAGAUGGCCACAGAUUCUUUUGACAGUCGUGCGGAGCAGGUGCCUCCCUGCCUGACUCACGAGACCUCACUGCCCUCCCCGUGGGGCACGCCAGCACUCGCCAGGAAGAGACACGGUUACUACGGCACGUCGGGCCCCCCUGCACCAGCGAAAGCCCUGACUGACCUGAAGCUCCACUUAACGAACUCCUCCCACCCCAUUUCCUCAUCGUCCUCAACAGACAUGGUGGUCAUUCACCCAGGGGCCGUGCUGGCCAUGGUGGACCUGCUGCCCUCCGUCUCCUCUGACAGCCAGCCAGAGCAUGCCCUCGACCUGCAGCUGGCAGUCGCCAACAUCCUGCAGCUCCUGGUGAACAGCGAGAGGAACCAGCAGGUGUUGUGUGAAGCCUGCCACCAUCAGCGACUGUUGCAGCGCUGCAGCCAGGCCCUCAGCGAUGAAGACCACCCUCUGCACCCGCCGCUGCAGAGGAUGUUCGAGAGGCUGGCCUCGCAGGCCCUGCAGCCGAUAGCACUCAGGGAGUUCUUACGGCUCGGGAACCCGCUGAACUGUGGCGCCUGGGACAAGAAGCUGUUGAAGAACUACCGGGUCCACAAACCGAGCUCUCUCAGCUACGACGCCGAGAUGAGAAACAGCAUGACCACUUCCAUGGAGGGCUUCGGCCCCGACAGCGUCUUCACCACGCCGGCGGAGGACAAUGGCCAGUAUCGCAUCAGCCGCAGCCUCGUGCGCUCCGCUGAGGGCAGCACCGUACCCCUCACCCGAGUCAAGUGCCUGGUGUCGAUGACAACCCCCCAUGACAUUCGCCUGCACGGAUCAGCUGUUACACCUGCAUUCGUGGAGUUUGACAGCUCGCUGGAGGGCUUUGGGUGCCUGUUCCUGCCCAGCCUGGCGCCUCACAACGCCCCCACCAACAACACCAAUGCUUCAGGUGUCAGCGACGGAGCAGUGCUGAGCGGGAUGGGCACAGGCGAGCGCCUGUUUCCUCCCCCAUCAGGCCUGAGUUACUCCACUUGGUUCUGCGUGGAGAGGUUCAGCACAUCCCCUCAGGCCCACCCGGUGCGGCUGCUGACCAUCGUCCGUCGGGCCAACUCCUCGGAGCAGCAUUAUGUGUGCCUGGCUGUGGUGCUGUCAGCCAAAGACCGCUCGCUCACUGUCUCCACCAAGGAGGAGCUGCUGCAGACAUACUCAGCGGAUGAUUCUAGCGAAGAAGCCUCCUUCUACGAGAUCCUUCCCUGCUGCGCUCGAUUCCGCUGUGGCGAGCUGAUCGCCGAGGGCCAGUGGCACCACCUGGUGCUGGUCAUGAGCAAAGGCAUGCUGAAGAAUAGCAUGGCCACGCUGUACAUCGACGGCCAGCUCAUCAGCACUGUCAAGCUUCACUACAUCCACAGCGCUCCAGGCGGCUCCAGCUCCACCAACCCUCCUGUCGUCAGUACUGUUUAUGGGUACAUAGGGACACCCCCUGCCCAGCGCCAGCUCUCCAGCCUGGUGUGGCGUCUUGGGCCUACCCACUUCCUGGAGGAGUUCCUACCUGCCGCCAGCGUCGCUGCCAUUUAUGAGCUUGGACCCAACUACGUGGGCAGCUUUCAGGCCGUCUACCUCCCCUGUAAGGACUCCAAGGCGGAGGUAGCGCCGGCCUCUCCGGUGGUGCUGGUGCCAGAGGAGAAGGUGUCUUUCAGUCUGUAUGCGCUCUCUGUGUUGACUCUCACUGUGGCCAAAAUCAGGAAAAGCUACAACAAACUGGACAGCAAAGCCAUCGCCAAACAGCUCGCCGUGUCCUCUCAUGAAAAUGCCACUCCAGUAAAACUGAUUCACAAUGCCGCCGGUCACCUUAAUGGUCCCGCACGCACCAUCGGCGCUGCUGUGAUUGGAUAUUUAGGUGUUCGUGCAUUCGUGCCCAAACCUGUGGCCACCAACCUGCAGUAUGUGGGAGGGGCAGCGGCCAUUUUGGGUCUGGUUGCCAUGGCGUCAGAUGUGGAGGGACUGUAUGCGGCUGUCAAGGCUUUAGUGUGUGUUGUAAAAAGCAACCCGCUGGCCAGUAAGGAGAUGGAGCGCAUCAAAGGUUACCAGUUGCUGGCUAUGCUCCUAAAGAAGAAGCGCUCGCUGCUAAACAGCCACAUCCUCCACCUCACCUUCUCUCUGGUGGGAACAGUUGACAGCGGCCACGAAACCUCUAUCAUCCCCAACUCCACGGCCUUCCAGGACCUACUGUGUGACUUUGAGGUUUGGCUGCACGCUCCCUACGAGCUCCAUCUGUCUCUGUUCGAGCACUUCAUUGAACUGCUGACAGAAUCCAGUGAGGCGGCUAAAAAUGCUAAACUCCUGAGAGAGUUUCAGCUCAUCCCACGACUGCUGCUCACCCUGAGAGACACCACGCUGUCCCAGCCCACUGUCGCCGCCAUCAGCAACGUGCUCAGUCUGCUGCUGCAAGGCUUCCCCAACCCGUACGACCUGCUGCGGUUUGGCCAGUUCAUCUCCUCCACUCUUCCCACAUUUGCCGUGUGUGAGAAGUUUGUUGUCAUGGAAAUCAAUAAUGAGGAGAAGAUAGACGGAGGAAAUGAUGAUGACUUUGGUGGCCUCCUAUCAGCAAACCUCAUUCUGCUGAGAAAUCGACUGCUGGACAGCCUUCUUAAACUGCUUUUCACCACGAAAGAGAAGUGCACAGUUAAUGCCCAGGCGUGUGAGGAGCUGGUGCGAACGCUGGGCUUUGAUUGGCUCCUGAUGUUCAUGGAAGAACAUCUCCACUCCACCACAGUGACGGCAGCUCUGUGGAUCCUGGUGGUGCUGCUGUCCAAUCAGUCGAUCCUCAACCGCUUCAAAGAGGGCCUGUGCGGAGGAGGCUGGCUGGACCACACCGACUCCGUCCUGACCAAUAAGAUCGGCACAGUGCUGGGAUUCAACGUGGGUCGCAGUGCCGGCGGGCGCUCCACAUUGCGGGAGAUCAACCGGGACGCUUGCCAUUUCCCAGGAUUCCCUGUUCUGCAGACACUGCUGCCCAAACACACCAACGUACCUGAACUCUACUUCCUGCUCAUGGCUCUCUUCCUGCAGCAGCCUGUCAUCGAGCUCCCAGACAGCCUGCAGGUACAUUUUGAUCUGGACUCUAUCUGGACCUUCAUCUUUGGCGUGCCAGCAUCCAGUGGGACGGUGGUGGCCUCCAUCCAUAGCGUUUGUACUGAGGCUGCUUUCCUGCUGCUGGCCAUGCUGCGCAGCAUGCUUAACCUGCCUUGGCAGUCAGAGGAGGAAGGUUCCUGGCUCAGGGAGUACCCAGUAACACUCAUGCAGUUCUUUAGAUACCUUUACCACAACGUGUCCGACCUUGCACCAAUGUGGCACAGCCCAGAGUUCCUCUGUGCCCUGGCAGCCGCUGUCUUUCCCUUCAACAUCAGACCGUACUCUGAGAUGGUCAGUGAUUUGGACGAUGAAGCGAGUUCUCCCACCGAAGAGUUCAAAGCCUUCACUGGGGACUCUGGCAUGAACCGCAGCCAGUCUGAAUACUGCAACGUGGGCUCCAAGACGUCCCUGACCAACCACCCGGCCAAAAAAUAUGUCUUUGACUUCAUGAGGGUUCUGAUCAUGGACAACCUCUGCAUGACCCCAGCCAGCAAGCAGACACCCAUUAUUGAUAUGCUGCUGGAGGCUUCCCCGGAGCGCUCCACCAGAACUCAGCAGAAGGAGUUUCAGUCCAACAUCCUGGACAGCGUCAUGGAGCAUCUACUGGCUGCUGAUGUUCUUCUAGGCGAAGAUGCCUCGUUGCCCCUCAGCAGCGGGGGCAGUUAUCAGAUUUUGGUCAACAACGUCUUCUACUUCACCCAGCGGGUGGUGGACAAGCUGUGGCAGGGCAUGUUCAACAAGGACUCCAAGCUGGUGGUGGAUUUCAUCGUGCAGCUCAUUGGACAGUCCAAGAGGCGUUCGCAGGGACUUUCUCUCGACACUAUCUACCACUGUCUGAACCGGACGGUGCUCUACCAGCUCUGCCGACCCCACAAGACGGUAGCACAGCAGGUGGCCCUGCUGGAUGCCCUGCGGGUCCUGACCGUCAACCGCAACCUGGUGCUCGGGCCAGGCAACCACGACCAGGACUUUGUGGCCUGCCUAGCUCACUGCUUCAUCUGCCUGCACAGCGGGAGUAGUGUGGACGGCUUCGGUUUGGAGGCGGAGGCCAGGAUGACGACCUGGCACGUCAUGAUGCCCGCGGAGAACGAGUCUGACACCACGCACAGCCACGACGUCAGCGAGGGGCGGCAGCUCCUGCUGAAGGCGGUGAACCGUGUGUGGACGGAGCUGAUGCACAGCAAGCGCCAGAUGCUGGAGGACAUCUUCAAAGUGUCUCUGCCCUGCAAUGACAGAGGACACGUGGACAUCGCCACAGCCCGUCCCGCUUUGGAAGAGCCGGCCCUGAAGAGCUGGCAGAACCACCUGGUUCAUGAGAAAAAGUACAUCAGUCGUGGGGAAGCAGUGGCACCAGCGACUCAGUCCAAACUGUCCAGAGUCAGCAGCGGCUUCGGCCUCUCCAAGCUGACCGGCGUCCGGCGCAACAAGAAGGAGAACAGCCUGAAUAAGAACAGCCUGUCUGCACAGGAGACUUUCCAGUGGAUGUUCACACACAUCGCUGUUGUCCGGGACUUGGUGGCCAUGCAGUACAAGGAAUAUCAAGAGCGGCAGCAGAACGCCCUCAAGUACGUGACGGAGGAGUGGGCAUCCAUCGAAUACGAGCUGCUGCGUGAACGAGGCCUCUGGGGCCCGCCAAUCGGCUCCCACUUGGACAAGUUUAUGCUGGAAAUGACGGAGGGGCCCUGCCGAAUGAGGAAGAAGAUGGUCCGCAAUGACAUGUUUUACAUCCACUACCCGUACGUCCCAGAGACGGAGACCAACACCAACUCAGCACAGAAACCUCUGCGUUACCGCCGCGCCAUCAGCUACGACAGUAAGGAGUAUUUCAUGCGUUUGCUGUCCGGAAACCCCGGCAUGUACCAGCACUCUGUAGAGCACAGCACCGAGGGAGAGACCACGCACCAAGAGCUGGAGCACGGAGAGGACACCAUCGCUAAAGUCAAAGGCCUGGUGAAGGCUCCACUGAAGAGGUCGCGGUCCACAGCGGACGGUGCAGAUGAGGACAGUCAGGACCAGCUUCAGGAGCAGCUAUUAGAGUCAGGAGGCCCCGAAGAGGAGCAGAAGACUGACAACACGUCCCUGCUGAGACUCCUGGAGGAGGGAGAGAAGAUUCAGCACAUGUACCGCUGUGCCAGAGUGCAGGGUCUCGACACCAGCGAGGGUCUGCUGCUGUUUGGGAAGGAGCACUUCUACGUCAUCGACGGCUACACCAUGACCGUGUCCAGGGAGAUCAGGGACAUCGACACGCUGCCACCCAAUAUGCACGAGGCCAUCAUCCCCAGAGGAGCGAGACAAGGACAGAGCCAGUUAAAGAGAACCUGCAGCAUCUUUGCCUACGAAGACAUUAAGGAGGUUCACAAGAGGCGCUACCUGCUGCAGCCCAUGGCGGUGGAAGUCUUUUCAGCGGAUGGGAGAAACUACUUGCUAGCCUUCCAGAAAGGAGUUCGCAACAAGGUUUACCAAAGGUUCUUGGCGGUGGUGCCCUCGCUGGCUGACAGCUCCGAGUCUGUUUCAGGCCAGAGACCCAACACCAGCGUGGAACAAGGAUCUGGACUUCUCAGCACGCUGGUUGGUGAGAAGUCAGUGACUCAGAGAUGGGAGCGAGGAGAGAUCAGUAACUUCCAGUACCUGAUGCAUCUGAACACCCUGGCCGGACGCUCCUACAACGACCUGAUGCAGUAUCCGGUGUUCCCCUGGAUCCUGGCCGAUUACGACUCAGAGGAGCUGGACCUCACCAACCCAAAGACAUUUCGUAACCUCGCCAAGCCGAUGGGCGCACAGACUGACACCCGGCUAACGCAGUACAAGAAGCGGUACAAGGACUGGGAAGACCCCAACGGUGAAACCCCGGCGUACCACUACGGCACUCACUACUCGUCAGCCAUGAUUGUGGCCUCCUACCUGGUCCGGAUGGAGCCCUUCACACAGAUUUUCCUCAGACUUCAGGGAGGACACUUCGACCUGGCUGACAGGAUGUUCCACAGCGUUCGUGAAGCCUGGCUCUCUGCUUCCAAACACAACAUGGCCGACGUCAAGGAGCUCAUCCCGGAGUUCUUCUAUCUGCCCGAGUUCCUGCUAAACUCCAAUAACUUUGACCUGGGUGCCAAGCAGAAUGGGACCAAACUGGGUGACGUCAUUCUCCCAACCUGGGCUAAGGGCGACCCCCGGGAGUUCAUCAGAGUCCACAGAGAGGCGUUGGAGUGCGACUACGUAUCGGCCCACCUCCACGAAUGGAUCGACCUGAUUUUCGGCUACAAGCAGCAGGGCCCUCCGGCUGUGGAGGCGGUCAACGUCUUCCACCACCUCUUCUACGAGGGUCAGGUGGACAUCUACAACAUCAACGACCCGCUCAAAGAGACGGCCACCAUCGGCUUCAUCAACAACUUCGGACAAAUCCCCAAACAGCUGUUCAAGAAGCCCCACCCUCCUAAACGGGUACGCAGUAAAGCCAACGGCGACGUUGCCGGCGUUCCUCCGAGCUCCAACAGCGACAAGAUUUUCUUCCAUCACUUGGACAAUCUCAGACCUUCUCUUGCACCAGUUAAAGAGCUGAAAGACCCUGUGGGACAGAUUGUGCCCACUGACAAGGGCAUCCUCGCUGUAGAGCAAAACAAAGUUCUGGUUCCUCCCACCUGGAGCAAGACCUUUGCCUGGGGUUACGCCGAUCUCAGCUGCCGCCUGGCUAACUAUGACUCCGACAAGGCGCUGGUGGUGUACGAGUGUCUGUCAGAGUGGGGCCAGAUCUUCUGUGCCAUAUGUCCAAACCCAAAGCUGGUUAUCACCGGCGGCACCAGCACCGCCAUCUGUGUGUGGGAGACGGGAACCUCAAAGGAGAGGGCAAAGUCACUUACGCUCAAACAGGCGCUGCUUGGCCACACGGACGCCGUGACGUGUCUGACGGCGUCUUCGGCGUACCACAUUGUCGUCAGCGGCUCACGGGAUCGAACUUGCAUCAUCUGGGACCUCAACAAGCUCUCCUUCGUCACGCAGCUCAGGGGGCACCGAGCGCCCGUCUCGGCUCUGUGCAUCAAUGAGCUGACGGGGGACAUCGUGUCCUGCGCGGGCACCUACAUUCACGUGUGGAGCAUCAACGGCAGCCCCAUCGCCAGCGCCAACACCUUCACUGGCCGCAGCCAGCAGAUCCUCUGCUGCUGCGUGUCGGAGAUGAACGAGUGGGACACGCAGAACGUCAUUGUCACCGGGCACUCAGACGGCGUUGUGAGGUUUUGGAGAAUGGAGUUCCUCCAGGUACCAGAAACACCUGCUCCUGAGCCUGUAGAGCCAGAUGUGCCUGACUGCUGCGCUGACGAGAAGAUUGAGGGCGGUGAGAGUCACAAUGGUGAUGAUGACAGCAGUGAGUCGGAUGCAGACGAGCCCAGUCUGAGCCAAGAGCCCAGAGCGCCACGCAACCCCUCGACAGGUGGAGGCAGCCAGCCGGGUAGCACCGUCCACAGACCCAGAGGUCCCUCGGCCCGAGCAGGAGCAUCUUGGUCGAUGGACAGCGGCUCUGACGAUUCUCACCGCUGGUCAGACACCCUCAGCAUCGACGAGAAGGACGGAUUCGUGUUUGUAAAUUACUCUGAGGGCCAAACUAAAGGCGCUCACCCAGCUCACUCAGGCCAGGGCUCAGUGCCUCAGCCGCUGCAUCCGUCCACCAUGGAGGCACGGACAUAUAACCAGCUCAGGGCAGGCUACAGAUGGGAGCGCCAGCUGGUCUUCCGGAGUAAGCUCACCAUGCACACGGCUUUUGAUCGCAAGGACAACGCUCACCCAGCCGAGAUCACCUCCCUCGCCAUCUCCAAGGACCACAGUAAAAUCCUGGUAGGUGACGGCCGUGGCAGAGUGUUUAGCUGGUCGGUCAGCGACCAGCCCGGCCGUUCGGCAGCAGACCACUGGGUGAAGGACGAGGUGGUGGACAGCUGCUCCGGCUGCACGGUUCGCUUCUCGCUUACUGAGCGACGCCACCAUUGUAGGAACUGCGGACAGCUCUUCUGCCAGAAGUGCAGUCGCUUCCAAUCGGAGAUCAAACGGCUGAAGAUCUCGUCACCUGUGCGUGUUUGUCAGAACUGUUAUUACAACCUCCAGCAUGAGCGAAGCGUCGAGGACGGCUGCAGAAACUGAGCUCCACGUCCACCCGCCGCCAGCCCCAAAACAAGCCCCUCCUGAGGACCCGGGAAGCAUUUCAUUCCUCUAUCCGACUUCCCUCUGCAUCUCCCGAAACUCCUUCCCCUUUAAACCCUCAGUAACCACGUGCACUGUACCGCACUGACAGGGUGUCGCAGGAGGGAGCGACUCAAGUACGGCGGCGGAGCUCAGCAAAGGAGAACGGAUGUGAACGAGGACAACGGGUCACAAAGAACAUGGAAAGAAACUCAGUCCCCACUUUUACCACCGGCACUCACCUGGAGCGGAGGGAAAAAACGCAGCACGCACGAAUCAGUCAUCCACCAUCUUUGCUUAGAGAUCGAGAAACAGGCAAAACUCCUUCAGCUUUCACAGCAGGAUGAUAAAAGACAAAAACUUGUUGAUAGUGUAAAUAGGUAUCACGGCCUUUUUAACUCUAAAAGGAGCAAACACAGAACAAAAGAUAAGGUCAAUGAAGUAAAAAGAAAUGCCUGUAACAUAGCGUUGUGACUAACCACUCCUGGCUUUAAAAAAACAGAAAAACGAUUGUGUGUAGUCUGCGUCACGAGUCACAGCGAGAGUAACACGGAGGGAGGGAGAUGAAUGUCCAUAAUUAAUGUCUCUGGGUUGACCGUACUAGUGGGUCUAGUUAUGCAAAAUGACUUCUUUAUAAUUUCCCGAUCGUUUUGUUGUUUACAGACCUGUGAUUUAUUCUGAGUGUCAAACCGUCGCCACGCGGACAGAGAGGUUGACUCUCUGAUUGUCGUUUCCUCUUUUUUAUUGCCAAACUGUUUUCUCGUGUCAGUUAUGAUGUUUAAUUUUUAACAUGUCAUCUGUUCAGUCCUUUUUUCCCAUUUGGAGAUUUUUUAUUUUAUUUUAGUUACUGCUGCUUUCUGAGGACUACAAACUUUAUCGUGUUCAGUUUGACUUUGAUCUUUCUUGUUAGAACCAUAUCACUCCUUUCAUUUUGUGGUUCCUUCUGCAUCAUUAUAAUUUGUUAUUAAGAGAAAGAAAAAAAUCGGGUUCAUCUUGUGUAAAAAGGUUAAAAGUAACGCACAUGCGUCCCGUAACUGCACAUUUAGCGUCCAUCGUGUCCUUUCUUUUUUGACCGUACAGCUUUAAAGCAGCUUCUUGAAUGCACACUAAAAAGGGACUUCCUCAUGAACUGUGUUUUGUUUUUUUAUUUAUAGUGUUGGUUUCUAUUGAGGAUUUGCUGGAUUUUUACUCCCCUGUGGCAUUAUCACAGCAGCUCUCAACACUCGUUAUCCUCACUUGCUGGAGCUGCAGCCAAGCACCUUUUUAAAGAGAUGUUUCAGAGGAUAUGUGGACGUUGGAGGAGGUGUAAAUAGUCACGUAGGCCGUUGGACUUUUAAUAAAUCUUGGCGUGUUUUGUCUUUAAAGGUAAAGACUAGGCCAGACAGACUUGCAGAGUAUUCUUGCUUCGCUUUUCUUUACCAUAUUUUACAGUUGGGUAAAGCUGCAGGAGAGCGAGUCUGUAGGUUUCUUUUCCUACCGUUAUAUCAGUGCUGUGACUUCAUAUUCCAUCCUUGUUGCUCCUGCGGUGGAUUUUGAUGUGACACUUUAGACUGAGAGCAUAAAAUGAACCUCGUGCCCUUCAGUUCUUGACAUUAAUAAACCUUUUGACUUGAUCUAACUUGAUUGUAGAGUUGAUUAAUUUAAUGUUUUUCAGACGUCUAAAUUCAUUUGCAGCUUAACUGUUUAAAUGUAAAAGGACUUGGAUUGUUGCACUAACAUAACACGGGACAAACUCAAACCUAUGGGGUGUCAUUUGUGCAAUCAGAUUAGUGACCGUCACUUUAACAGUGACCAAAGAACCCCAAUAAUCAGAUGUGACUCCCUGUGAGCAAGAACUUGGCGAAAGUGGAAAGGAAAAACUCCCUUUUACCGGAAGAACCCUUCAGCAGAACCAGGCUCAGGGAGCAGCGACCGUUAUCUUAUUACUUGAGACCAGAAAUUAAAAUGACUUGAUUCUUCAUUUCAUCUGAAAAGGCAGAAUGUGAAGUACUCAAAGGAGUUCAAACAGUAUAAAAACACGUUUCUCUGCCCCGCUGAGACAGUGAUAUCAGAGGUUUUAUCUGCUUUCAUGUUGUUGAAUGUAACUUGAUCUUUUGUCAACACAAAUCCAUGUUUGGCUCUUUCUGCGUUGAAGACCGCACAUCUCCUCUCCCCUCACUCGGUUUGUGGUUCUGUGGGCAAACUGUGCAUUCAAGAGCUGCUUUCUUUCUUUCUUUGUACGUCCCACAAGUCUUCAGGCAUUUAAUGUUCACCCUCACCGCUCCUUGUAAUAAUAAUAAUAUGCACUCAUGUUAUUGUCCUCCUUUAUAUCAUUCUGCCUUUCUGUACUGUAACUUAGCGUGCAAUCAUGCCAUCCAGCUGAAACGGCCGAGUCGGCUUCUAUCAAUCGAGGAUUCCUUUUGCACCUUCACGUGUACAAAAAGAGGAAAAAAAACAGUCAUGUUUUUAUCGAAUGCAGAUUUUCGUUUUAACUGAAAGGUGCAUUUCACAGCGGAUAAAUGAACUGUACAAAGUAUUUAUGCAAUUAUAACUGGGUUUAGAUUUUCUUUUAUAUAUAAUUAUUGUGAUUUCAGCAAGUUUUGUUACUUGUUGCAUGUCUAUUAACACAGCUGACUUUCUGUGUCAGUGCAUUGUACAUGUUUGGCAUUAGAUUAUCUCUCUUUUUUGCUGGAUUUAUUCUUUUUUUUGUUUUUCUUUGAGGCAUUGUUUGACGGGUCAUACCGAGCGACAGGUUUGUGUACAAAGCCGCAGAUCAUGACCCCGACUCUGGGUGGACUUUUGUACUCUUUAUGGGGGAAAAAAUAAUUAAGGAUUAAUCGAAAGCAAAAAAAGAAAGGAAAAAAAAAAAAGGAGAAAUCUGGAUUAUUUUGGUGGUCUUGUAUUAGACUGCGUUACUACAGUAUCUGGUGUGCAAUCUGUAAUAGCUGAAUGUUCCUUGUAUAUUUGUGUUCACUACAUCCUACGAGAGAAAAAACCCACAGUAGAGUAACCUCCCCGUCCCAAAAUGUUACAAUAAUGCAAUAGAUCUGGUACUUAUUCUUUUUCAUUUCAUUUCAAUAAAAAAUUGCUGUUUCCCA